CGUACAUGGAAUGUUCGCUUCCCUCUGUGUCUGGCCGCCAAGUAACAAGCGAACCGACACCACAAUCCUCGGGGCGAGGAACCAGUGCCUGCGAUAGAUGUAGGACGGUAAAGCGGCGGUGUGAUCGGGGCUUACCAAGUUGCUCACGGUGUGAGAAAUCCGGCGUUUUAUGCGCUUACCCUGCGCCUGUGGGUGCGGGAGCUCCUCUGGCUCUUCAGUCCUGGGCAUCCGCUCAAAUGAAUAUUGAAGGAUAUCUGGAUAUCGCGUCAGACGAAUCGGGUAUCCACGAGACGUAUUACGGUCUGCUUGGCUGUGCAAGCACUAGGACUCUUGCGGUUCCCCAGUCCAACAUUUCUCCAAGGGUCUUAUUAGGGCCAGCAAUAACUUUCGAUUUCCCGGUUCCAGACUCGGACAAUGUUCCAGAGCUACUUUUCAACUUUUGCUCCAUUCUCCCCACUGCUGCCGCAUUACCAAACAGUCUCUCUAUAUACGUUCACACCGAAUGGGUCCGCCGGGCCAUAUCGAAUCCAUGUCUAUUACACAGCACUCUAUUUUGCGCUUCGGCGUACCUAGAUUCCCGCCAAAAUUCCUCCAACAGUCUUAGUCGCAGAACCACGUUCCAUCAUCUACAGGCUGUCAAGAUAAUCCGUGAGCAACUUGCGCAGCCAGACUUCCAGCCGACCUAUGAGUUGGUAGCUGCCAUACUAGCAUUGAGUUACUUUACCAUGGCUUCGAAUGAAAUAGACAGCGCGUUAGUACACAUCCAGGGACUAGCACGGAUCCUACACCUUUCGCAAAACGAAGGGCCGGACUUCAAGUACCUGACCGCAUUUUUCAACGAAACACUCAUAUGUUUCUCUGUCUUUCUGGACAGAGAUAUUACCUCGAUAGUGUCGUCAAGCCUUCCAGACGAGGCCGCCCUUCCUCUGCUUCUGUUUCACGAAAUCACGCCAUCAAGAUUGUUGAAGAGGAUACUCGCACGAUCAGCGAACGACGCCGCCAGCACCAGUAGCAACCCUCGGACGGGUUAUAAAAAGCACUGGCCGCCCACGAGCUACGUCAUGCUAGAAAUUCAGAAGCUCUACGAUUUUAUCGUCCAAGAAGAACUGCCAUCAAGAGCGCCUCCCGAAGAACCAGCUUACACACAGCAACACCAACAACAACACCAACACCGAGUGAACACCGUAGGCAGUCUCCUGCCGGAAAUCCCAUGGAUUUCCGCCUACGAAGAUACGACGAUGGAAAAAGCCACCACGUGCUGCUAUCUAUCCGUGCAUGUCUUCUGGGGCAUUGUUAACAGCAACUCCACAGAAUUCAGCACCCGAGGACGCAAAUCAGUAUAUGCAGUCAGCCCGUAUUAUGCCGCUCUUGAGACAUUAAAGGAAACGCUAUUGAAAAUCGAUCCGAUUCCCUGGGUGCAAUGCGCGCCUGAGCUCUACGCGUGGGUAUAUUUCACUGCUGCGGCAGCGUGUAAUCUAGAUCGGGACCGGAUGGAGAUUAUGCUUGCUGCGAUGCGGUAUCUCACGGGGCUCAACGGAAUUGAUCUUAGCUUGAUGAGGGAAGGGUGGCAGUAUUUCAGGUGGCUGAGACAGGCACGGACUCGGGCUCUAGGGGUCUGAGUUGCAUCAUGAUCAGAACCUAUCUUUGCGAAGAAUAAUAGAAUCAAUAUAUAGAGGGGACAGUCGGGGUGUUGAUAUAGCGAGUCUGAUAUAGCGAGUCUUUAGGAAGUAAAGAACGUGGUGCGUGUGAACUAUCUAAUAAGCCUCCCCAUCUUCUCAGUGCUUUCAGCAAUGUCUCUGAGAUGCUGGCUAU